UGGUGUCUUAAAAUAGAAAAACAUGACUGAGUGUUCAUAAUGCAAAUUAUAGUUUUAUUCCAUAACAGCUAUUAGGGCAAUUACAGAAAACAUGUUGACAAGACUGUAGUUUCUCUUAUGUCAAACAGGAAGUUGUGGCACCUCUGAGGCAGACUGUACCAUCGCUGGAAGUUUACCAUCAUCUGUCGUUCACCACGUGUCUGGAAAAAGCUUUUACUCAUUGCGGUUCCCUCGAACUUUAUCACAUGCACAUGCAGGGAAAAAAAACCCCCUAGCCCUCGCCUAACAUCUUCCUGUAGACAUACAUGUGCGAGAUACAUCAAACACAGGUUUUAUCUCUCCUCCCCUUUCUCUCUCUCUCAAUUCAUCUCCUCUCCAUCCACUCCGUGUGAAGUGCAUUGGCCGAAACUGCUCUCACAGGGUCACUUUUGAUUUUCUCCGGCCAGGAAGCAUUAUUUAAGUGCAUGACACGCACUUCACAUCUGAGGAACUCAGCUGUGCCACUUUUCUCAGAAGUCACGCGGCACUGGAUCUGGACUUGAGGCGGUUCUGGAACUGAGGUUGUAAAGUUACACUGCUGGGAUUGGGUGGACACCCUUCUCUGGUUGGAGCUGGUGGAGAACAACUUAAUUCCUUGUGUUGAUUCGCAGAUUAUGAUGAACGCAACAAACAACACAAGCAACUCAUCAUGUGUGAUCAUGACCCAGCCAGCAGGUCACCUGCUGAUGUCUAUCUACAUUAUUGCCUUCAUCUUGGGGCUGCUGUUCAACUUGAUCACCAUCGGGCCCAUAAUUCAGCAGAUCUGCAGAAGGAACGUUCUAGGAAUCUACCUGCUCAGUUUGUCCUUUUCAGAUCUCCUGUACAUCCUUACUAUGCCUCUGUGGGUCUAUUAUUUCAACAACAACCACAAAUGGAACCUCGGCCAAGGACUCUGUAGUCUGGCUGGUUUCUUUUACUACUCCAACCUGUACAUCAGCAUCUAUCUCCUCUGCUGUAUCUCCAUCGAUCGCUGUCUGGCCAUCACCUUCCCGCUGAGAGUCCAAGUUUUCCGCCGCCAGCGCUAUGCCUGGAUCAUCUGUGGGCUGGUCUAUGUUUUAGUCAUGGCCUUGCACUGUUUGGUGCUGUACCUGGACAAGUUAUCAGAUCCACUUGAUGACACUGUGCAAACGUGCUACGAGACCUUCCCCAUGACGGAAAGCAUUGCCAUGUUCAACCUGAUACGGGUUGGAAUUGGUUUCCUCUUGCCUCUGGUGGUCAUCUCCGUCUGCUACUGGUUGAUCCCAACCAAGGUACAGCAAAGCAGAGGGGUCGACGAUCAAGGCAAGCGCAAAGUGAAGCUUCUGUCUAUGGGGGUCAUUGGUAUUUUCUCCUUCUGCUUUGCCCCAUACCAUAUCCUCCUGAUGGUGAGGUCCAUCGCCUUCUUUUAUUUGGGAGAAAAACAAAGCUGCAGUUUUGAACAAGCAAUGUAUUUGCCUUUCACUUGCUCCCUUGCGCUAUCCAGCCUGAACAGCAUGGUGGACCCAGUGCUUUAUGUUUUGGCCAGUAAUGGAGUAAGAGAAGAUAUGAGGUGGUUCCGUUGGAAAAACAAGCAGAGACAGGUGACAGGAAGCCCUCUUGUUGAUUCCAAAUGGAAGACAAGAGUAACCAACUUGGGUUAAAACCAACCUCAGAUCUUUGAAAACAGACUUACAUUUGAUAGGGUACAUACUGUUUUUGAACCCAUUAAGGAAUUUCACAAAUCAGUGACCAGCACAAACUUGUUUGUGUUGAUAGCAUGGGCACAAUCUUGUGGAUGGGUUCAUUUUGUUAAGUUGUGGAGGGUCCGGCAGGCUCUACAAUCUGGUGUGCUCCAGCACUGUAAUCCAGACACCUGAACUAACUUUUUGACAAAUAACUGCCACCGUGACUGCAAACCGCUUGCUUUUCUGCAGGUGGUAAUAGGCAAAUUGCACCAAGUUUUGUGAGUAAAGCGUAUCUACUGUAUAAUAAGCUUAAUUUACAUAGAAAACAAUGACUUGUACUGAUAAUACUGAUGCUGCAGCACAUUUUAGUGCAUAUAGAGCCUAGUUAAACUGGAAUGUGGCUGUUUGUUAUGCUGUUUUUGUUUCAAAAUACUGUGUAUUACAAAAGUGAUUGUUUAGUGAAUUAGCCACUGUAUGUCAGUGUCUAGUAAAGCCCAAUUGAUUUGUACAAUUUAUGACAGAGACCAGAAGAGAGUCAAAUUCUAGUCAAGGACAAGUUGACAUGCUCCUGAGCUCAUGAACAAGACCAUGAAAAUAUGCUUUUAGUCUGAGUCUAAGACCAUAUUUUAUGGUUUUGGUCUUGUUCCUCGAAUCCGAGUCUAAGGCUAUGUUUUUAUGGUUUUGGUAUUGGCCUUGGUUCUCAGGCACGAGUCCAAGACCAUAUUUUUGGUCUUGGUCUAUGAAUCUGAGUCUAAGAACAUAUUUUCCUGGUUUCGGUCUUGGAAUCUAAAUGUAACAAAAUAUUUUCAUGGCUAUGGUCUUGGUCCUAGAGUCCAAGAACAUAUUUUCAUGGUUUUUGCUUUGUUCCUUGAAUCCAAGUCCAAGUCCAUGUCCAAGACUAUAUUUUCAUGGUUUUGGUCUUGGUUCUCAAGAACAAGUCAAAGACCAUAUUUUUAUUUUUAUUAUGAGUCUAAGAUCAUAUUUGCAUCUUGGUCCUAGAGUCCAAGUCCAUGAUUAUAUUUUCAUGGUUUUGGUUUGGUCUUCGAGUCCAAGACCAAGAUCAUUUAUUCAUGGUUGUGAUCUUGGUCCUCAAGACUGGUUUUGGUUUUGCCAUGGACUCAGGAGCAUGUGGAUAGAUUCAGUCCUCUUGUGGUCUUUCUCCUGAUUCAAACUCCACCCUCUUCUGAGAUCAGUCUUGAAUCUCAGAUUUGGUCUUGCCUACAACAUGGAUAUGUGCAGGCUUUUGUACUCAGACUCCAUUAUGUCCACUUGUGUGAAAAAAAGAUGAAUAAUAACUUUUCUGUUUUAUCUGAGCUGUGAUAUAUUUAUCUGUGUCUUUACAAACAGAGGAUGUUUACAAAUUAUGGAUCUGCAGCGUAACAGGACCUGUAUCCAUGUCUUUGAAGGACCCUUGAAUCACUUGAACUUUCUAUGUGAGAGUUAUACCCAAGUGUUGUUAUUGUGGGAUAAAGCCUCGCUUGUUUUCCUUGUUUAAUUCCAGACGACUCCCUGUUACUUACCGUUAAACCAGAUUCAGACGUUAAAGAUUUAAUCUGUAUGUAAAAAAACUUGUUGCAAUGUAAGCAAUUUCAAUUCUCAGCAUGUUGCUACUCUGUACAUUUCCUCCUGUGUAACAUUACCGCAAAAGAAACAGUGGAUUAUGAAAUAAAAGAAAUUUUCUGAUUCUGAA